AGUUUCUCGGUCCCCGACUGGCCUGUUAGCUCGCGCGAGGGAGUGAGAGGAGACGUGCGAUUGGCGGCGCGCGCGAGCGAGACGGUGAGAGAGAGAGAGAGAGUGAGAGCGAAGGAGACACUCCGUGAGGGCGAAACGGAGCGAGAAAGAGACGGAGCGCGGGACGUAGAGAAAGAGAAGCAGGGAAAAGGGAGCAGCUCGUGGAACUCGCCGUGUCCUCGCAUGCUGGUGUCGCGCUCGGCGUCUCGAGCGCAGCCAUUACGACAGAGUCGCUCGGUGACGCUCGGUAACGCGGCGAGCAUCGCGACGUGUAGCGACGCGUACGUGGAUACGAUAUAGUGUGCUAGUCCAGUGGUGCGCGCGACAACGCUACGUGCACACGUCGUCGGCCGGUGCGGGUCAGAGUAGAGUAGUCGGAAGCUACCGACGGAAGCUACGCACGUGUAUACACGCACACGAGAGAGAUUACCGAACGAGCGAGCGAGAGAGAGAGAGAGAGAGAGAGAGAGAGAGAGACAGAGUGAGUGAGCGAGCGAGCGAGCGAGCGAGUUAACCGUGUCGCCGGCGAGAUCGGCAACCGUAAGAUCGGCGUAACCCUGUUUGUUGUCGCCGCCGCCUUCUCCGCCGUCGAGGGGUUGGCGUGAGAACGAGAUCUCUCGACGUCGCCUGGACGAGGUCGCUCUCGCGCGACUCGCACGACCGGACUCGAUCUCUCGAUCGGGACGUGACGAACGAACGUACGCGCGCGCGCGCGCGAGAAUAGUCAGUCGAGGGGAGUUUUUGUUGGUGAAGAGAGAAGAAGGUAACGCGCGACAGCCAUGUUUGACGUGUUCGGCUCCGUGAAGGGGCUGCUGAAGCUCGACUCGGUAUGCAUCGACAACAAUGUGUUUCGGCUGCACUACAAGGCCACCGUGAUCACUCUGGUGGCGUUCUCCUUGUUGGUGACCUCACGGCAGUAUAUCGGCGACCCGAUCGACUGCAUCGUCGACGACAUACCGUUGCACGUGAUGGACACCUACUGCUGGAUCUACUCGACCUUCACGAUCCCGGACCGAACCGGCAUCGUCGGCAAGGACAUGGUGCAGCCCGGGGUCGCCUCGCACAUCGAGGGGAAGGAUGAGGUAAAAUACCACAAGUACUACCAGUGGGUCUGCUUCACCCUCUUCUUCCAAGCGAUACUCUUCUACAUUCCGCGCUACCUGUGGAAAAACUGGGAGGGCGGCCGCAUCAAGAUGCUGGUGCUCGACCUCAACUGCCCGGUGGUCAGCGAGGACUGCAAGAGCGACCGGCGCAAGCUCCUAGUGGACUACAUCACGUCGAACCUGCACAUGCAGAACUUCUACGCGUACCGCUUCUUCCUCUGCGAGGUGCUCAACUUCAUCAACGUGUUCGGCCAGAUCUACUUCAUGGACUUCUUCCUCGAGGGCGAGUUCACCACCUACGGCUCCGACGUCGUCAGGUUUACCGAGAUGGAGCCGGAGGAGCGCAUCGACCCCAUGUCCAGGGUGUUCCCCAAGGUCACCAAGUGCACGUUCCACAAAUACGGUCCGUCCGGCUCGGUGCAGAAGUUCGACGGCCUUUGCGUGCUGCCGCUCAACAUCGUCAACGAGAAGAUCUACGUUUUCCUCUGGUUCUGGUUCAUCAUCCUGGCGGUGCUCAGCGCCUUGAGUCUGGCCUACCGCAUGGCCGUCAUCCUCAGCCCGAAGCUGCGCUACGUGCUGCUGCGCGCGCGCUCCCGCCUCUCGCCGCAGGAGCAAGUCAAGAUCAUCUCCGACAAGUGCCAGAUCGGCGACUGGUUCGUCCUAUAUCAGCUCGGCAAGAACAUGGACCCGCUGGUCUACAAGCAGCUCAUCGCCGACCUGGCGAGCAAGGUGCAGGGCAAGGAGAACGUGUAGCUCGUUCCGUCCAACGGGACCAACAGACAGCAGCAGGAGGGCCUUUUCGAGGGACUUGCGCCGUGAACUCCUCCAGGGGCUUUCCUCGUCUCUCUCUCUCUCUCUAUCGAGACGAGACUACCGAUUCAGUGAGAGAUAAGGGGGUGGAGAGAGGGACAGGGGAGAAUGAGAGAGUAAUAAGACAACGGUAAGAGACAGCGUUCUCGGGGAGAAAGAGACACGCCGAUGACGCCAUCAGCAAGACCAACGUAUCUCGCGUCUUCGCGACUGGACCGGGUUGCACCGACCGUCGCGGAUUUCUCAGCCGACUCGAAACUCUAAAGCGCGAUCUACAAUGGCAGUAAGCAGUAAGAAGUAAGAAGUAAGCGUGAGCGGUAAGAAAUCAACCAAUCACAGU